AUGAGUGUUUACAAGAGGCAUCUUCAAGAACUUUCCAAGACUGAAUCUGAUUUGGUUGUUGACCUAUCCAACUUUGAAUUCCAAGAUGUUAUCGGCAAAGGAGGUUUCGGCGAAGUAAUCAAAGGCGUUGAUAAGAAUUCCGGUAAAAUUGUUGCAAUUAAGCAGAUAUUUUCACAAAAGCUUGAAGGCAAUAAGCUUCGAAGAUAUCUUGGAGAAAUCGAAACUAUGGCUAAGUGCAACAACUUUUUUCUCGUUCCUUUUGUUGGCUUUACAACAAAACCUCCUUAUUCAAUUAUCACUGAAUACAUGCCAAAUGGUGCACUUAACUCAUACACUCGUUCAAGAUGCAAAGAUUUCCUUUCAGGAACGCAAUUAACAUCCAUUUCUAUUGGAAUUUCAUUUGGUAUGGUUCAUUUACACUCUCUUAACAUCAUACAUCGAGAUUUGAAGACAGGAAACAUACUUUUAGAUGAAAAUUUCUUUCCACGAAUAUGUGAUUUCGGAAUUGCUCGAUUUGAUGAUUCAGAGACUAGUAUUCUUACCAAAAAGAUUGGCACACCCAAUUACAUGGCUCCUGAGCUCAUUACAUCCAACAAUUACACUAACAAAGUUGAUGUCUACGCUUUCGCUAUGAUUCUCUACGAAAUGUCCGAAAAUGUCAAGCCAUUCCAAGGUUUAUCAGUCAACGAUAUCUUUACAGGCGUCGUACAAAAGGAUAAACGACCUAGAUUUACAAAUAAUACUCCACCACCUCUACAGAAGCUUAUACGUAAAUGCUGGGACCGGGAUCCAGAUGUACGACCUACAUUUGCGCAGAUAUUUGACGAGUUUAGCUCCGGAAGAGUUUAUUUUCACGAAACAAAUAAAUAUGAAAUCACAAAAUUUGUUAAAAUGAUCAAAGACAACGACGCACUAUGUCACCGAGGCGACGACCAGUCUGUAUUUGCUAUUAUUGAGAAGCAAUUGUCAGAAAAUACAAAUCAAACUCAAAACAAUAAAAAUAUUGAGCAAAACACAUAUAAUUCUGAUGAAUAUUACGAUGAAAUCGAAGAAGAAGACUAUUCUUCAGAAUCUGAUGAUCCUGCAACCAAUGUAUUGAGAGAUCCAACAAAUUCUUUGUUUUCUAAGUAUUUGGACUACUAUUCUAAAGUUAUAACAACAAACCAGUUCUCAGCAUUCUAUACACCUAUAUCAAUACACUUCAAAAGUUCAACUUCUCCCUCAAUUUUAAAAUUAAUUUAUAAUUCAUGCUGCACAUUGAUGAAACGGGACAAGCAGUUCAUUCCUUUUUUCGUUACCUCCAAGUUCUUCACUAAAAUACCCUUUGUUGACACAGAAGUUGUUGAUAUAAUAAUAGAAUGCUUCUCCUAUUUGUUUAUUCACUAUCCCAAAGGUCUAUCUCAGUCCAACUGCAAACAUAUCAAUGCCUUGUUCUCAUUUCGGCCUGAAAAAAUGUUAAUUUUGCACUCAUAUUACGCAAAACAACUUUUAUCGCUUACAAACCCUUGGCCGAUCCUGGAUAACUUAAUGACAAUACAGAGAUUGGUUUUGAAGAAGGGUUUCGGCUAUCUUUACAUUUCAUUAUUUUAUUAUUUGAUACAAAACUUUCCAACGUACAGGAAAGAACGUCUAUCACAUCUUAAGCCUAUAUUCAUGAGUUUCCUCUCAGCAAAAGACGACAGAACUGUAGAAACAACUUAUAAUUGUUUAUCAAUUGUUUUCGGAGACUUAAACGGCCAAAUCGACUUAUCCAAGGCCACAAAACACCUUACAAAUAAGGAACUGUCCGAUUCAGUUCUUUCUUUGUUGAUUAGACAAAAUUCGAUUAUUCCUGACGAAAAACUUGUUUCAGCGUUGAUAAAAGUAGCAGGAUCAUCACCUAAAGCAUGGAUGGUGAUGCUUAUCAUAGCAAAAACCACAGAAGGAAAGAUAUUUCUUCUGAAAAAUAAUAAUUGGAUUUCUUAUGCGAAAAAACACUUGCAACAAGUGUCAACAUUGUUCUUUACCAUAUUUGCCGAUGAAGAAACCCGCGAACUCGCUUCAAAUUCUGAAUUUUUCAUCAAUAUUUUGAAAAUAUUGUUGGAAAGCCACGACUGCCACAAUAUGAAGAUUGCGACACUUGCAGUACGACGCGCUCCGAAAUCAGUCGCUUUUAUUCGUCGUUUGGAAGAAAACGGAAUAAUUCUUCAAUUUGCAGUCGAAACUCAGAACGGAGCCACAGAUAAAUACUACACCAACUGCUUAUCAUUCAUUGAUGAUAUUGGCCGUGUUUGCUAUUCCCCGAGUUAUCUCAAAUUUAUUCCAAUACUUACGAAGCUUUUAAGCUCCCAGAAGUUCGUAUCCGAUGCAAUAACUGCGAUGGUAACUCUCUCUUUCCACAGCGAAUGCUCUAAGGCCAUGAAAUCUGAUAAGCUCAAGAAAUACUUUCACAAUCUGGCCAGUAUCGAACAGUAUGAAAAGGCAUCGAAAGUAUUUCUGAAAAAUCUUAAUAGUAUCUAA